CAAGCUCUUGUUUAUUGGAAUCCUUGCUUUGAUGUAGAGGCGAAUUUACUCAUUAGUGUAACACAAAGUCCCAUAAAUACUGGCUGUUUGUGACCCCGCCGCCGCUCUCUGCUGUGCUCAGGGCUGAGGAUGCUGGAGAUCCCCUACUCUGUGGAGUGGCUUGCUCAGAGCAGUCAAAAACUGGAUGGGCCUGGGCAACAUGUCAGCCUGCACCAGAACCUGGACAGACAAUCUGCCGGCAGCAAGCAAGCGCUCACUCUUCAACAAGAGACAGGGGACGGUGAGCUAUGCAGGGCCGACACAGCGCACAGCAAAGACAGAAGGAUUCCCGAGAAAGAGAGUGAAAGCUCAAUAAGAAGCAAGAACCAAUGGGGCAAAACUCCAAAGGGAGGUUUGGAAUCCCCCGUGAGCUGUGGAGUUAGUGCCUCCCUGGACAGGGACUCCAGAACCGAGGGAUGGGCUGACCGCCGGAGGCUUCGCACUGUCUUCACCGGGGAACAACUGCGCGUUCUCGAGUUGAGUUUCCAGUGUCAGCAGUACCCCGGAUCCGAGCAGAGGCGGAAUCUAGCUGGAGAGCUUCAUUUAUCCGAGACACAGGUCAAAACCUGGUUUCAAAAUCGUCGAAUGAAACUCAAACAGCAGCUUCAAGAUGCUCGGGCAGAGGCAUUUAAGUCCAGAUUGUUUCUUCAGUAUUUCUCCAAUCCCUAUGUCUCUAUUCAAAGUUUGUAUCCCAUGACAGAUUCCAGCUUUGUUGCUCAUUUCACUGAAUUUGGACCUCACCACACACAGACUUCUACCCCUUUACGUUCUCUUGACCAUCGGCCAAACGUACAGCAGAGCAGUGCAAAAGCCACUCCUUGUCGAUUCCACCCAUAUCUGCGUAUCUAAUAAAGCAAUAAAUUUAUGGCAACAUAAGAUGCACAUCAAAAAUAAUAAUUAUAGAUGAUCUUUCAUCAGGCAACAUGUUAUAGUAUAUUUAUUUUUUACAUCUAUUUUUGCAAUCGUUUGUGGGACAUUAUUGCAAUUGUACACACUAAAUCAUGAAGUCUUGAAAAUCUUUCAUCAGUAAUCAGUCCUGAACAAUCAAGCCUAAAUCAGGUUGUGCUGAGAGUAAAGCAAUGGUUUGCGUUCUUGUAAUAUACAUUCCUUUUUAUUGAAAUUUGUUGAAUCAUUUGAUAGAUAAUACAGAGGUUUUCAAAGGAGUGAUCACAAGAAUACAUUGGAAGUUAUAUGGUAGACUAACUGUUUCUGAAAGAUAGUGUUUCCAGCUUAGAAUAUCAUAUACACAGGACAAAAUAUUUAUAAUUAUUACUGUGGUUUGCUUCAACCAGCUUGUGACUCCAGAACUACUUCCUUUGGAUUUUGUCUCCAGAAUUCUCUAGACCUAACUCCAAACUAAGAUGCAAAUUUGUAGAAACAGACAAGGUCUUUAAACGACAAAUGCUCCUGCAUAUUAUGGGUGGAACUGCUUUUCUGAAUGGUCAUUAGACAGUAGCAAGGAACAGUAACUCUGUUAAUUCAUUUCUGUUUCUGGCAAACUUAUAAUACUACCUCUCCUGAGAUUUGUGACUCAGCCUAAAAAUAAAAAAAGUGCAUAG